AAACUCCAGAUUGAACCAGAAAAAUCUGGUUUUACCUGUGGAUAUAAGAAAAAAGAUCAAAGAAAUGUAAGAACAGUUGUCAGUGAGGUGAAUUGUCACACCAGAUUUAGAUCACAAAGAAAUUGGAAUUGGAACAGUUCACAAGCAGACAUGGCCAGAACAAAACAGACAGCCAGAAAAUCUACAGGAGGCAAAGCCCCCAGAAAACAGCUUGCCACCAAAGCAGCAAGAAAAAGUGCCCCUUCUACAGGGGGUGUGAAGAAGCCUCACAGAUACAGGCCCGGAACUGUUGCCCUCCGUGAAAUCAGGAGAUACCAGAAGAGCACAGAACUUCUCAUCAGGAAACUUCCCUUCCAGCGCCUGGUCCGUGAGAUUGCCCAGGAUUUCAAGACUGACCUGAGAUUCCAGAGUGCAGCCAUUGGGGCCUUACAAGAGGCCAGUGAAGCUUACCUAGUCGGUCUGUUUGAGGACACAAACUUGUGCGCCAUUCACGCCAAACGAGUCACAAUUAUGCCUAAGGACAUCCAACUGGCUCGACGAAUCAGGGGAGAGAGAGCAUAGGGAGUGAACAAAGCCUGCUCUGCUUGUUUUUAAAACUUUUGUGCUGUAAAUUUCUUAAUAAAGAAUGAAGACUUUU